CUAAUUUGACAGUUAUGGCUUGUGGUGCGUCCUGUGUCAAAUUUCCAGAUGUCAGUUGUCUGUUUCUGGCUUAUUUUCCAAAUACUUUCUUAGUCAGUAAUUAUUCAAGUUUGUUUUAAGUGUACGUUAAAGUCUAUAGGGUUGUGACUAUUAAGCCACCUUCAUUUAAUAAUGUAAAAUGGUGCAACCGCAAUUUGCGUUGUCUUGGGAUUCAUACAAAACAAAUAUCUGUGGCGGCUUUAGUGCAUUGCAACAGAAUGGGGAGUUUGUUGACAUGACUCUAGCAGCUGAUGGCCAUCUUGUGAAGGUCCAUCAGGUAUUGCUAGCGCUUGCUAGUCCAUAUAUCAAGGAAUUGUUGGCUUCUGCUCCAUGUCAACACCCAGUUUUUUUUCUUAAUAAUAUAUCAUAUACAACACUUUCACACUUGUUGGAAUAUAUUUACACUGGAGAGGCUUUAGUUCCAUCUGUCAACCUUAAUGCAUUCAUAGAGGCAGCUAAAGCCCUGCACAUAAAGGGGCUUGAAACUAUUGUUGGUCAUGAAGUAGCAGUUACUGGUACACCGAGUAAACGAAAUGAUGAAAGUGAUUCAAAUGUAGUAUUUCCUGGGGUAAGAAGAUUAAUAUCAACUAACAAUGAAAUUCCUUUAGGACGGGAAAGUUUACCACUGAAUGCGCGGAAGAUAUUAAUAAGACAAAGUCAGCCUGAAACUACUGUUACAAGCUCUGCGGGAUCUACGAAACAAAAUACGCAAAGUAGCUACGCGAAAGAGGAUUCGCAAGGGUUCUCGGACUGCGACGAUUUUGGUAACGACCACCAUGAUGAUGAUGACGACGAUUUUGCCAUAUUGACUAAAAAGCGAAAGUUAGAGGAUAAUGUUAAAGUACAAGGAUCGACAACGGCAACGAAUUUACCACAGGCUUCCAAUACCAAUUUACAAUUUACAGUAUCGAUAAGAGGUUCCUUACAAGUUAUAUUGAAUAGAUAUAUGUAUAAUUUGAAUUCGACUCAAAACUCUGGCGUGAAACGAUGGCGUUGCGUUGAUUAUAGGAGUAGUAAAUGUAUGGCCUUCCUUGUAACUAAAGGGAAUGUAGUAAUAAACAGGGCAAAUCCACACUGUCAUCCAUACCACGAUAAAAAGAUAUUGGCUAAAAUAGAAAAGAAUGCUGUAUUCUCUGCUCUAGACGAUGUUGAAGGUUACAAAGAGAUGGAGAGUAAAAGAGAGGAAGAAGAGAUGGGAAACGUUAGUGACGACUAUAGUAUUUUACACACACGUAAAGAUACACAAAAAGACCCUGUUAAAAAUAAUGAAUAUGAUUUCAAUUUAACGAUGACCUUGAAGCAUCUUGUAAUUCCGGAACGUCUGAUCGGAUUUCCACAAAAUUUGAUACAGAACUAUAAUUUUUACUGCGAACUAAUUAAUUUACAUAUCUGUGACAUCGACAUUAAAACGUUCAGUGUAAUGCUGGGUCUCAUCGUGUAUUCAAGGAUGACGAUUUUAAUAUAUCUAUUUAUACUUUUUAACCUAACUUUCUCAAAUCCAAUACCAAAGGAAUAUGUUAUGCAAAAAUUAAUGAAUGAAUCUACAGUGAUAUUAUUGCAAGAGUAUAUGAGAAUAGAUACAAGUCGCGAAGAAAAUAUUGAAUCUGCUGUCUUAUUUUGGAAACGACAGUCAAGCGUCUUAGGUCUGCCAUUUGCAGUAUACCGUCCAGCAAAGAAGCCGAUUUGUGUCAUAACAUGGAUUGGCUUGAAUCCCAAACUUCCGAGUAUUAUACUUAACUCUCAUAUUGAUGUCGUAACAGUUGCAGAGCAAGAAUGGAAAUAUGAUCCCUUUUCGGGAUAUAUCGACGAGAACGGAGAUCUUUAUGGGCGCGGCGCUCAAGACACAAAAGCACUAAGCAUCACGUAUUUAGAAGCCAUCAGGACUCUCAAAGAGAAAGGCGUUAAAUUACAGCGAACAAUUCACGUGCUUCUGAUGCCAGAUGAAGAAACUGGCGGUUUUAGUGGUAUGGUACCCUUUGUUGAAACUGAAGAAUUUCGUGCCUUGAAUCCUGGUUUCUUUUUCGAUGAAGGUUUGACGUCUGCUGACGGCAAUCUGUACGCUACUUAUCAAGAUAAAAGACCUUGGCAGCUUAAUAUAACACUUCACGGAGAAAGUGGUCAUGGAUCUUCGGUUCCAGACGGAAGCGCUAUGGAAAAGUUACAGCGAUUGUUGGACAUUACGAGAGAAUUUAGGACACAGCAAAAACGUAUCAUGAGUUCUAAGGAGCCAAUGGAUUAUGGAUCUUACACAACGCUUAAUGUUAAUAUAAUUAAUGGCGGCGUCGCUACGAAUAUAAUACCCAGUAAAGUGAAUUUGGUGAUCGAUAUGAGAUUGUCCAUGUCUGCUCAAGUUGGUGACUUCAAUGCCUUGAUACAGUCUUGGAUUGAGCAGGUGGGCAAUGACACUGAAGUGUCAUUCAUUCGUAAAGUAGAAGUGUCAGAACGCACCACACUGGACGGGUCUAAUCCCUAUUGGGUAGCUCUUGUAGAAGCUAUGAGAGAUAUGGAUCUUAAGAUUGAGCCAAUAGUAUGUCCGGCCACGUCGGAUAUGGUCGAGGUGAGGAACAAGGGAUUCCCCGCGAUUGGCUUUGCCUACAGACCCUACACCUUGCCGCGGAUACAUGCUGCCGAUGAAUAUAUAAAUAUAGCAACAUUUCAACAAGGAAUACAAGUGUACGCUAAUAUUUUAAAAAGGGUUGCUAACUUGAAGUAACAAUCCUAGUCAAUUUUAUGCGAAUGUGAGUUACU